GCGGGAGGGAGGUGGGGUUCUGCUGUGUGUGCAGCCGCAGGGAGCGAGAGAAAGGAAGGGGAAAAAUUAGCACGGGAAGGGGGAAAAGAAAGGAAAUCGGCCGGUCACCAGAUUCCCCCGUCACCAUGAGCGGCGGGACGCCGUAUAUCGGCAGCAAGAUCAGCCUCAUCUCCAAGGCGCAGAUCCGCUACGAGGGCAUCUUGUACACCAUCGACACGGACAACUCCACCGUGGCCCUGGCCAAGGUGCGAUCAUUUGGAACAGAAGACCGCCCCACAGACAGACCUGUUGCCCCAAGAGAUGAGAUCUAUGAAUACAUCAUCUUCCGGGGGAGUGAUAUCAAGGACAUUACUGUGUGUGAACCUCCAAAACCUCAACCCCAGGACCCUGCUAUUGUACAGUCUUCGUUGAGUGCUUCAUCAAACACUUCAUUUCAACCUCCUACGUCAUACAGCCCAUUCCGUAGUAUGACUCCAUAUAACCAGUUUGCUGGAGGAGGAUCUCUGGUUGGACAGCAGUAUGGUAGCUCUGUGGGUUUAGGAUGUUCAACACCCACCCAAAUCACAACUGUUUCUCACUCCUCCAGUACUGAUAGUCCUCCCUCACCACAACCAGCCUUUACAGAGCUUGAAAUACCACCUGAUCCAGCACCCUUGCAGAAAAGUCAGCUGAUUUCUCAGGCAGCUACAGGCUUUCCAUUUUUGCCACCAAGACAAAGUCCUAUGGUGGAACAGGGUGUACAGACAAGCCCUACAGAAGGUCUUAACCAGAAGAACCUGCAACAGGACAAAAUCCCUGCCAGUAUAAAUCAGCAAUCUGUUGGACAGGAGCAAAGGAAAGUUGUACAGCCAACUCCACAGCAAAGUCAAGCUCAAGUGAAUGACGAGAAUAAAAAGCCUCAGCCUCAAAGGAGACGAUCGGGCAACAGAAGAGUCAGAAACCGUGGAAGAGGGCAAAACUUUUCUGGAAAUAAUAAAGAAGCAACAAUGAAGUUUGAAGGGGACUUUGAUUUUGAAAGUGCAAAUGCUCAGUUUAACAAGGAAGAGUUUGAAAAGGAGUUCCAAAAUAAACUCAAAAUAAAAGAUGAUAAGGUUCAUAAAGGAGAUCUUGGUGACCAAGAAGAAAAAGGAGAUCCAAAUGUUGAGACACCAAGCACUGAAGGAAAUAAAGAAGAACCACCUCUUGGACCCAACUGUUACUAUGACAAAACAAAAUCAUUCUUUGAUAAUAUUUCAACUGAGCCAAAGACAAGGCGUACAUGGGCUGAAGAAAGAAAACUUAAUACAGAAACUUUUGGGAUCUCGGCUAAAUUUCUUCGUGGACGUGGUUUUCGUGGAGGCUUCCGUGGUGGAAGAGGACGUGGAGGAGGGAGAAGAACCUCUUCAAUGCCAAGAAAUAGUGGUGGUAGCAGGGUUUAGUAAGAAACCCUAGAUGAUGUUGAGAAGAUUUGGGUUUUUGGGUUCUGUGUAUAUACACUAAAAGAAUUGGCACUACGGAUGUUACUUGUGAACUAGUGGGUAUUCAAUUUUUGUUUAAAUACACCCAAAGGAGCAACUGGCAAGCUAGUUGUAAAAUGCUGCUUCUAGUAUCCUGUCAAUUAAGGUUUUGUAUUGAUUUUGAGGUCCUUAUGCAGUGAAAAAGGAGAUGAAUGUGUUUAUUUUGGGUUAGCUGUGUGUUUAACAGGUGGGAGUAAUUGCUUGUCUGUAACUGGCUAGUUUGCACAAAUCGUGCAAGAGCUUAAUUUAUUAUUUUGAAGAACCAAGCUUCCAUAUUGCAUCUGUUGCUGCAUAUGCUCAGGAUUGCCACCAGUCCUUUCUAUUGCCAUGACAAAACAUCCUUAUAUCUUGAGUAUCUGAAAUGUUUCUCACCCAUGCAGAUUCUCUGAGCUCCAUAUGGUACUGAAGGGUAAGACUUGUGUGCCUGUUUUAAUCCACUUAAAUUUAAACAACUUCUUUGAAGUACUGUAAAAUCAUUAAAGGAUGGUGCAAUGAACAGUAACAAACAUGCGUAGGCAUGAACAGAUUAUCCAUGCCUCUUCUAUGCACUUGAAAUUGAGUAACUUAAAUAUUUUUAGUUGCAUCUGUUACUUCAUCUUAGCUUAAAAUUUGUUUUUAUUGAUAUAUCCUUGUUAUUUGAACAAUUGUAAACAGUGACUUAUUUUCAAGUGCUUUCCAACUGCUCUCUUCAAUCUUCAAUGUUUUGGAAUUGCUUUCCACUUAACCUCCAUGUUUGCAUGGGUGGAAAGGAUGACUUCAUUUAACCUGUAUUUGCCUGUAGCUGCAUUUUAUAUUGGUAGCUUAAUUCUGACUUCUGGAGACCAUGUGUGGGUCAGCUGCCUCCCAGCAAAUACAGUGCUAAAUCUGGCUCCUCUUUAGCUUCAAUCCAGUUAUUCAUGAGUGCAAUUCUGCCACCAGGGUAAGGGAGCUGAAUUUAGCAACAUGAAUAUUGACACUGCUCAAGGAUGCUGGUCUCCGAGAAUCUGAAUAAACGGUGCCACUAUAAAAAUCAGUGUAAGUAUACAUCAAUUUAUAAUCCAUCAGCCAAGUAUGCCACCUUUGGAUGGUGUAAAUAUUCUCAAUGGACUCCCAUGUUUUGCAGCUUGUAAUAAAGCUUCACAUUUUGGAGUGCAUUAGUACUGAGGUUGGUGGUAUAAUACUGAUGGGAAUCCAACUGCUAAGAUUACUUUUUUUAAUGGGAUACACCUUGAGGCAUAAAUUCCUUAUAUAAAUUCUUGGAUUGUAGCAUGUGCAUAAUUGGUUUAUUUUGUCUGGCACAUAUCCAAUUUAUGAAUGUGCUGGAUUUAAAUUUCCGUGCAACAUUUUUUGAGUUCAAAAUUUUUUUUAAUGCUAUAAAUACCAAGAAUUGCAUGGAAUGCCAGCUAUGAAACUAAUAAUCUGGAUGUUCACUGCAGUGUGCAAAGUAAGGAUAAUCAUUUUGAAAAGGAAAUGUGCAACAUUGCUCUGUACAAAGCUAAUGUGUUUUGGAUAUGUUCAGAUACCUGCAGAUGUUUGUGUUGUAUAAACUUUGUUUCAUUUUUUUAAAAAAAGAAUUUUUUGGCACUUGUUGAUCUAGGAAGAGUUGGCUAGCUUUGGAAGAUGACUACCUUCAGAGCAUUCAUUGUUCUGCAAGCAAGCCUGUUAUUGCACACAUUUUGAAAAUUUUGAAGACUGACAUUACAUAAUGUCAUAAAGCCAUGGUAACUGCACUCUUGUAGCAAUAAAUAUUGUGUGAAGUACACUUUAACAUUGGGCAAAUACCCCAAUGAUUUAAUAAAUGACGAGCAAAGAUA